CUUAAACCCCAUCUUAGUAAAAUAACAUCAGCUAGGGUUUUAGGGGUUCAUAUACGUUUAUUAUUCACCCCUCUCCUCCGCGAGCAGAGAUCAGUACAGAUCUACACACCACCGUCUUCAAGAUGCUUGAAGUUCUUUGAAAUGCCGAAUCUGCAAUUUUGACAACCCAGCCUGGAAUGUCCCACGUGUACAAACUUUUGAAUUUCAAAAUUAAACGUAAAGGUGACCCCUUUGUUUCAGAGAAAAACACUCGCUCCCAAAAACCCAGUGGCCAUCAGCUCAGAACGAGCUGCCACACUGACAGUGUCAAACCCCCACCGACAGAAUCAACCCUUGAGAAAUGCCUCCAAACCCAAUCCGACCCUUUUUGAGAAAUGCCCUUUAUUCUUUUUCGUCAUGUUCCAGAGCUAUCCUAGUCCACCAUCCUCAACCACAACCACAUGAACCCAUUCUCAAAAUCACUCGAAACUCUUGCUUUCAGACAGCCCAACACAGAAAUUACAUCUCUGAAAUGCGCAAAUUGGCCUUCGAAGGAAACAUCAUUAGGCUUCUCCGCAACGAGAUCCAAUACGAGCUUGAACGCUCCCCUCCCACUCAGCCUGAUGCAAAGUUUGAUUCAUUCACGGUUGAUGACCGACCUGGAGAGCAGUGGAUUACAUUGAAAAGAAAAUUUGGGGAUGAAGACAUUAAACUUGAAGUCACCAUGUUUAAUGGAGCCGUUCCUACUUCAAAAUCAGGUGGUAGUGGCAGCCUUGGGAAUGAAGUCCAACUUUACAUUUUAUUGAUUGUCAAUAUUAGUAAGGGGCAUGAUGUCUUGGAGAUCGUGUGCUCAGCUUGGCCAGAUAGUAUAGAGAUUAACAGGCUUCUUGCACACCAUGGCGAUAAGACACUAGCUCGGCCAUAUACAGGGCCUGAAUUCAAGGAAUUGGAUGAUGAGUUGCAAGAUUCACUUUAUGAAUUCUUGGAAGCAAGGGGUAUAAAUGGUGAACUCGCUGUUUUCUUGCAUAAAUACAUAAAGAACAAAGAUAAAACCGAGUUUCUUGGAUGGAUGAGAAGUGUGAAAUCUUCCAUUGAAACGCAAGUGAAGUGAUUGGUUUUGUGACAUUCUGGAUGAAGUUUUUGUUUGGAUCAUAAGUGCAAAUAUAACUUUGUACAUCUUUUGUGGCGGUGCAUGUCAUUUGACUAGGAGACUUGCAUAAGAGUUAUGAGCAAGAUUUUUAUACCCUUGAUGCAUUGUUUGCUGUAAGAGUCAUUAAAUUUGACGCAAUCUUAAUGACAGUAAUCUUGGCUUGUGACAUAACAGUCAAUACAGCUUGAAGCUUAUGAAGAAAAUAGAUGAGGUGAUCACA